GGUUGCUGGGAGCGUUCCCGGAGGCAGCAGACGGAGGCUGAGUGAGGUGACGGUCCAUGUCCCCGGCGGGUCCUACCGCGGCGAGCGGCUCUGAGUCGCCGCCGGCGGGUCUGCGCGGGGCUGGGCUGGCCGCUCUGGGCAGGGGGCGUGUGGAAAAUGCCGGCCGCGCAGGGGCGAGCGCCUGGUGUCGUGGCACUAAGGAAGGCGAAAGGGCUGGAAGAAGCCUGAUCGCCCGCAGAAACAUCAACGUGUUUGGAUGGUACGUCAGCGCCGCUGGCCUCCUGGAAGCGUUGCCGAGCGGACAUUGGGAAAACAGAAUGAAGGAAAUCAUGUCUAAUAACAACACAACCAAUAUAUCUCAAGCAAGAAAAGCUGUGGAGCAGUUAAAAAUGGAAGCAUACAUGGACAGGAUAAAGGUAUCCAAGGCUGCAGCUGAUUUAUUGGCGUACUGUGAUGCUCAUAUUGGAGAAGAUCCCCUUAUUAUACCAGUGCCUGCAUCUGAAAAUCCCUUCAGGGAGAAGAAAUUCUUUUGUACUAUCCUUUGAGUCAGUUUGUAAUUAAAAAUGUCCUUUGUGAAAAUCCAUUACUGAUGGUGCAUGCUUUUAGCAUUAGAUUUUCCCUGAGUUAUCAACAAUUAAACCCACAGUUACAAUAUUUUUAGAAGCACAAUACCUUUUUAUGGUAAAUAAGUGGUUUACAUGCAGUUUUAGGGUAGCCUCACUUUCCUGCCAACGCAUAAGUUUAAUAAUUUCAGUUAUCAAUAAAGAUUGUUUUGGUUUUUAAUGAAAGAACCAAAUAUAAUAUUAAAUGGUAGAUCUCUUUGCAAGUCAUAGAUUCUUCUGAGACCAAAAUCAGUCAUACAUAUUCUUGAACCUAUUUUUAACUUUCAUUUUCUUAAAAAGGUGAGUAAUUUAUUUUCAUUUGCCUUGACAAAUUUAUAUCUAACAAAAGCAGAAUGACCUCUCUUGAAGCAGAACGCCAGUUACUGCUGUAAUGCUGCUUGGAACGGUCAAUCCUGUACAGUAAAUGGUAUUUAUAAAUGUGGAUGUUUAGUGAACACUGUAGCAAAUUUUACUUUAAAACUUGGUGGAAUUAAGCAACAUUGUGAGUCUGAAAUUUCCUUUGCUGAAGAAAAUAAAGGAGUGCACAAUCUA